AUGACACAACCCACCACACGAGCAUCCUCACAACCCACCAGCACCCCUCAGCAGCCCUCCCCUGAUCUCCUCUUCGCCCCCUCUCUCGCCGCCCACCUCUCUCUCUCCACCAUCAACGGGGCUCGCCUGAUCGGCUGCAAAGGCGUGCGGUACUGUGGCAGUCGUAGUGGCCGGCAGCAGGGGCGGCAGCAGCAGGAGACGGCUGAAGGAGGAGGGCUAUGGGGAAUGGGAGGUUUAUUCGGGCAAUUGGGCAAGAAGAAGCAGAGCAGUGGGAAGGUGGAGAGAAGUGUGGGGCUGCAAGAGUUAGAAGCAGCAAUAGCAGGCACAGCAGCAGGAGGUACCAAUGCAGCAGUAACAGAAGCAAAUAAAGGAGUUAGUCCAGAUGACAAGGAAAUGGUAGGGCGGCUGCAGGGGCUGUGGAGGGACGUGUUGGAGGGGGGAGAGGAGGGCGUGGAGAGAGCAGACUAUGCUGAUAUUGAGGCGCCUAUAAAGCGGAUGUUUGUGGACGGACCUAGCUCGGUGACACUCCUUGAUAGACCAAAGGGCCACUUGACGUCUCUGGACCUCAACUGCCAUUUCGCCUACACCGACCCUCUGCCUCCCCCAGUGCACACCUUCCCCUCACUGCGCUCUCUCUCCCUCCUCUUCGUGCCCGCGCACCACCGCUGCAUCGCCCUCUGCUCCUCGCUCACCUCGCUCGCCCUCUGGCACCCCGACGCCUUCGCCCUCCACUCCCUCGCAUCCCCCUCCACCCCUCUCCACCGCUCCCUCACCUCCCUCACCAUCCACAAUGCCUGGCUGGAAACCGCCCUCACGCCCCUCGCCUCUCUCCCUCGCCUCGCCUCUCUCUCCUUCCUCUCCUGCACCAUCGAUCCCUGCGACCUGCACGCGCUCGCUCGCUCGCUGCACACGCUCACCCAUCUGGCGUCGACUCAAAAGCUGGCGGUCCACCACUGCCCCAUGAUUCCCAGCCACUCCCUCGCAGCGCUCGCUGAAAGCAACCCCGCGCUCGCCUCCCUCUCCCUUCACUCCACCUCCCACUUCCUCUUCAUCGCACGCGGCCUUCGGGAUCUCUUCCUCUCCUCCUCCUCCCGCCUGCACACCCUCACUCUCUCCGGGCUGCCCUCGUACCGCCCGGGCAUGCUUGCACGCUGCAGCAGCCUGCAGUGUCUGACGCUGAGAGGAAGGGAGGCGGCGAGGGGGAGUAUCCUGCCGUCUGAGUCGCCACAGAAGCCGUCUCUGGAUUGCAUUGUGGCCAUGCUGGUGCGCGUGGAGCAGUUGGGGGCUCCUGAAGGACCGGAGGGAGGCGGCGAUGGAGUGGAGAGGUGGAAAGGGGCGAUGGUUGGGGAGAAUGGAGGGCGAGGAAGCACUGCUGCUUCCCCUGCUGCAGCAGCAGCAGCAGGGGAAGCAGAAACAGAAGAUGAAGCAGAGGCAAUGACGGCUGAAGCAAAGGAGGGCGACGAAGCGGUAUCGCCUGCAGCAGCUGCCACGCCGGUGGUCUGCAGCAGCAGGAGGCGACGGUACGUGGAUUUGCGCAAGGAAGCAGCAGCAGGGCGCGCUGAGUUUGUGGCAGCAAUGGACAACUGGAUGGCGCUCACCAAGACGUCCAAGUGGAAGCUCAAGAAGGCCGCCACAGAGGCGCUGCGCUGGCGCCGCUUGCACCACAGGGUGGGGGCUCUCGAUUUCAUCUCCCAGGCUGUCGUUCAGGUGCUCUCCGCCAUCCUGCUCUGCCGCUGCGUGCGCCUGGCUAAGGCCGAAAUGAAAGGCUGGAGUGCACGCGAGGCGGCACUUGCAAAGGCCUGUCGUGCCGCCGAGGCCGCAGGCAUCUUCACUGCUGCUGUGGAGGAGGAAGUGGAGGAGGAAGAGGGGGUGGAGCCGGAGAGGGAUGACGAGGAGGGGAGGGGAGGGCAAGGGAUUGAUGCGGAGGAGGUGGUGCGAUACAUGCCCGAGGAUGACCUGGAAGAUGAUCUGGCGGCCGUGAGUGAGAAGCUGCUGGCGUGGGUGGCGGUGCCGCGAGCCGACGCACGGGAGCUGCUGCACGCGCUGAUGGAGCUGCUGCUGCUGGAGAUGGAGGACAUGGGCGCCCGCUUUGAGAUCCAUGACCCUGCACAGCCCCACCCCACAAUACUGCCCGGAUUGGUGAUAGUUCCCGCGCUGGCAGCAGUGCCUGGGGCAGCGGCAGGAGGGUUGGUCACCGCAGCAGCGGGAGCUGGAGCAGCGGCAGCUGUUCCUGGGCCGGCAGUGCAUGGAACAGCAGAAGGGGCAGCGGCAGAAGGGGCAGCGGCAGAAGGGGCAGCGGCAGAAGGGGCAGCAGCAGAAGGGGCAGCAGCAGAAGGGGCAGCAGCAGAAGGGGCAGCGGCAGAAGGGGCAGCAGCAGAAGGGAUGGCGGCAGAAGGUACAGCGACAGAAGGGACAGCGGCACAGGAUCCAAGAAGCGCACAAGAAGAAGCAAGAGGGGCUGUGGGAGAGGACGUGAGAGCAGCAGGAGCAUUCGAGCAGCUGCCACGGGCCAAGCAGCUGGGCGGCAGAAGCUCAACCCGCCCACCUCCACAGGGGAGCGCACCCCCCAAGAAGAGCACAGUUUCAAAGACGAGCACACUGGCGACUCCUGUGGAGGUGCUCUGCCCCCCACUGGAGUCGCUGACGCUUGACUCCAUCCGCUUUACCUUUGAGUCGUUAGCACGAGCUGCUGUGUGUGGAAGGCUCAAGAGCCUGGCUCUCUUGAACUGCUGUGGGCUGGAGGAGGGGCAGCUGGAAGAGCUGCUUCGUGCAUGUGGCAUGCUGGAGGAUCUAAGGGUGCAAGGCUGUGAUGGCUUCUCAGGCAGCGUGAUAGCAGGAAGUCGACUGGAGGUGUUAAAUCGGUUGAGUGUGGUGGGUUGCGGUGGAAUCACUGCUGACGCUAUUGGCAGGCUGCUGGGGAACGUGCCAAGGCUGCAAUAUUUGGAGGUGGAAGGGGACAAGGUUUCUGAAAGGGCUCGCCGGGAGUUGCUUCGUGCUGGAGUGGUUGUUAGGGGAGUGUCCUGCGGGUUCGUUUCCGUGAGAUGCUCUUCGAAACACCACAAACCGAUUGCUCUCCUGCCAUCCCCGUCUUCCUCUCCCCUUCCUCCUUUCCCCCUUCCCCCCUUUUCCUUUCGCCCUUCCCUUUCCCGCCUUCCCCCGUUCCCCCUUUCCCCCUUCCCCCACGGCCCAACCGCUCUCCUGCGCGGACCGCGAACCCCUCCGCGUGCUCGCCUCCGACCGACGAUGCGCGGCGACGGGCAACCUAUCCAACAAUCGCAACGCUCCGUGGGGGCGGUUCGUCCGUGGGGUCAUCACACCGAACCAAUCGUGGCGGCUUCAGACGCGGUGGAGUCGCAGGUGCGCAAGCCCAUCAAGUACACGGUGGGGCUGGCGCGGACCAAGUCGCCGUGGACGUGGGGCAUCUCCACCAUCGAGCCGCCCAUGAAGAUCUACGUCGGCGACACGCUCGAGUUCAAGUGGGCGAGCCCCAACACGGUGGACGACGUGGUGCAGCUGUUCUCCAAGGCAUCAUGGACCAGCUGUGCCCUCGCGAGCAAGUCGGAGCGCCUGGCAGCGCAGGCGAAGAAGGGCACGGUGGCGUACAAGAUCCCUGACAAGUACCGCGGCAUGUGGGUCUACUUCGCUAGCUCCGCUGGGAUCGACUGUGCCAAGGGGCAAAAGUUCAAGGUGUUUGUUAACUAG